AUGCAAAUUUUCGUCAAGACUUUAACCGGUAAGACCAUUACCUUGGAAGUUGAAUCUUCUGACACUAUUGACAAUGUCAAGUCUAAGAUUCAAGACAAGGAAGGUAUUCCACCAGAUCAACAAAGAUUGAUUUUCGCUGGUAAACAAUUAGAAGACGGUAGAACCUUAUCUGAUUACAACAUUCAAAAGGAAUCCACUUUACACUUAGUCUUAAGAUUGAGAGGUGGUAUGCAAAUUUUCGUCAAGACCUUGACCGGUAAGACCAUCACCUUGGAAGUUGAAUCUUCAGACACCAUUGACAAUGUCAAGUCUAAGAUCCAAGACAAGGAAGGUAUUCCACCAGAUCAACAAAGAUUGAUUUUCGCUGGUAAACAAUUAGAAGACGGUAGAACCUUAUCUGAUUACAACAUUCAAAAAGAAUCCACUUUACACUUAGUCUUAAGAUUGAGAGGUGGUAUGCAAAUUUUCGUCAAGACCUUGACCGGUAAGACCAUCACCUUGGAAGUUGAAUCUUCAGACACCAUUGACAAUGUCAAGUCCAAGAUCCAAGACAAGGAAGGUAUUCCACCAGAUCAACAAAGAUUGAUCUUUGCCGGUAAACAAUUAGAAGACGGUAGAACCUUAUCUGAUUACAAUAUUCAAAAAGAAUCCACUUUACACUUAGUCUUAAGAUUGAGAGGUGGUCAAUAA